AUGGCUGGGACUGAAUCCUCAUCCAUCAGUCAGGAGAUUGGUCUCAUGUCAGCCAACGUUGGAGACGCAGUGGUUUUGGUCUGCUUCAACAAAGGCGAGGUGGGAGUAAUGUUCUCCUGGUACAAGCAAACUUUUGGAAAUAUUCCUCAGCUCAUCUCAACCAUCUAUAAGUGGAACAAGAAUGCAACAUUUUACCAGGAGUUUAAGAAUAACCCUCGCUUCUCAGUGGAAGGUGGCCAAGGGAAAAAUAAUCUAAUGAUCGCAGACGUGGAACUCUCUGAUUCAGGCACAUACUACUGUGGAAGUGCUUAUGGAUACAAGGUGGAGUUUGGACAAGGAUUCAUUCUCAUCGUAAAAGAUUCAGGUCCCCAAAAAAUGCCUGUUAUACAUCAGCCUGUGUCUGAGUCUGUCCAGCCAGGAGACUCUGUGACUCUGAACUGUACAAUCCACAUUGAGACCAGUGCAGGAGAACACAGCGUCUAUUGGUUCAGACAUGGCUCAGGAGAAUCCCAUCCAGGAAUCAUUUAUACCCAUGGAGAAAGGAGUGAUCAGUGUGAAAAGAGCCUUGAAGCUGGGUCUCCUACACAGAGCUGUGUCUACAACCUCCCCAAGAGGUACCUCAGCCUCUCUGAUGCUGGGACUUACUACUGUGCUGUGGCCUCAUGUGGGGAGAUACUGUUUGGGAAUGGUACCAAGCUGGAUAUUGAGGCAGGCAGGAGUGUAGACCCUCUUCUCUUUGUAUACUGCCUGGCCGUAGCAUUGGCCUUUGCGUUUAUCUUGAUCAUUCUCCUUGCCUGCAUGAUUUACAAGAUGAAGAAGACAACAUGUCUGCAGUGCAGUGAACUGGUCUCUCAGACAAGAGGUCCUUCAGUUUCCCGGUCAGAUCCAAGUAGCCAAGAUGCAGACAGUCUCCAUUACGUUACUCUGCCUCUGAGCAACAAGAAGAACAGGUCUAGAAGACAGAGAGGAAAUAUGGAGGAAGAGACGGUGGUCAUGUACUCUGGAAUUAGACAGUAGACACUCUUUAACUAGCUCUAGCUUCGUUAGCUAUUUAUUUGAAUGGAUAUGCUGAAGAAAUGUGAUGAAAACAGUUGUUAAAUCUUUUUUUAAUGUAAUUGAAAGUAUAAAUCAU